AUUUUACAAUAGCUAUAUACUGCAGUGGAGUUGAGAUCGAAAGAGAGAGAAACACAGAGAAGAGAUUCAUUUCAUAACUUUGGCAGCCAUGGGAGGAGGAAUGGAAGUGAACAAGAACACACACAUAGAAGACUGGAACGCAUUUAGAGAAAAUCUGGAACAUAAAUUUCGCUGGAAUCGUCGUAGUUUCGCAAUCAUCGGUAUAUUUGGUAUCGCUAUUCCUGUCCUUGUUUACAAAGGAAUCGUCAAGGAUUUUCAUAUGCAAGAUGAAGACUACGGAAGGCCAUACAAGAAAUAUGGACUUUGAGAGUCGUGGAAGUGUUUUGUAAUAAUGUUAGUUUUGGAGUGAACCCCACAACUUCUGAACUCACAACUCUGUUGUUCCCUUUUUGAGGUCGUGGCUAGACACCCCAAUUUGUGCUACAUUGAUAACACAAACAUCUGUUAAAAAUUAGUGAUGCUUUGUUUUAUAUUAUUUCUUAUCAUUUGUGCUUUA